AUGGAGCCCAAUUACUUCACCUGCACUCUAGGCCAAGCUGCUGCUCUUGGAAUACAACAAGACCACAAGACGAUCACUGGGCUCGUAGACUACUUAGCCAAAGACCAUGGCGACCUUCCAGCUGUCGGUUUCCCACAACCUGGCAAUCGACCAGGCGACCCCUGGACGAACUUACUCUUCACCUUUGGCGAUAUUGCUCGAGGCUCCGAACGAGUAGCCAGUGCUCUUCUCCAGAACAGCAAACAACAUGGCACGAAACUCUUGAAAAGUCAAACGGUCGGCCUCUUGUGUCCAAGCACACCAGAUUUCCUCUUCACAUGGCUAGCUCUGAUACGGCUGGGACAUGCCGUUUUGCUCAUAGCUCCGCAAUGCCAGCCAAUAGCUAUAGCGAACUUAUGCCAGACUUGCGAGGUCUCACUCUUAUUCUACGAUGACGUGUACAAAGACCUAGCGCAGGAGUCGUCCACUGUGGCGAAGGGAUCAUUACAAGUCGCAAGCUUGCCAUUUUCAAGCAUCACACAACUGGAGUCGCUCGAGAAAAUCGGCGUAGAAGAUCUCCCCGCGCGGCAAGCGGCGAGUGAGGAGGACGUCGCAUAUCUCCACCAUACCUCCGGCACUUCCUCCGGUAUGCCCAAACCAAUACCACAAACACAUCGAGCAGGCUGCGGAGUCCUUCCGUCAUUUCACGAUGGCCGUGAAGCCGCGACAUUCACAACCACGCCACUAUAUCAUGGCGGGAUAGCAGAUCUCUUCCGUGCCUGGACGAGCCGGGCACCGAUCUGGCUUUUUCCGGGGAAGAAAGUACCCAUAACCGCAUUCAAUAUCGUGAAGUGUCUCGACCUAGCCGCAAGUGUACAUUUAGAAAGUCAGGUGGCUCCUGUAAAGUACUUCUCGUCUGUACCAUAUGUGCUGCAGAUGAUGGAAGGCGACAAUCGAGGGCUUCGGUAUCUGCAGUCCAUGGACAUCGUUGGUGUCGGUGGAGCAGCACUACCUCCUGAGGUCGGCGAUAGGCUAGUCAACGAAGGUGUAAAUCUGAUAUCGCGCUUUGGAAGCGCAGAGUGCGGGUUUUUGCUUUCCUCACACCGCGAGUACGAGAAAGAUAACGAGUGGCAGUACUUACGAGUAGCUUCCGGAGCAGAGAAGUAUCUAAAAUUCGAAUCGCAAGCGGCGGAUGAUGAUCAGGCAUUAUCAGAGCUUGUGGUGCUGCCUAGCUGGCCACACAUGGCGAAGCGGAAUCGGGAGGAUGGAUCGCUCGCUACGUCUGAUCUUUUCGCCGCACACCCGACUAUUCUGAAUGCGUGGCGGUAUCACAGCAGAGCAGAUAGUCAGCUAACGCUCGUUACGGGUAAGAAGUUUGAUCCGGCACCUCUAGAGGCUUCUCUGGCGACUUCUGAGUUGCUGGAAGAUGUGCUUAUUUUCGGGACUGGACGGCCUUACCCUGGUGCGCUACUCUUCAGAAGCGAGAAAGCUAAAGAUCUUGACGAUGGGAGAUUACUGGAUCAGCUGAAGUCGGAGGUGGAGAAGCUGAAUAAUGGGAGCCAGGACCAUGCACGAAUACCAGUAGCUAUGCUCGUGCCUAUGCCUGUACUCCAGCAGCCACUGGAGAAAAGCAGUAAAGGUACACUGCUGAGAGGAGCAGUCGAGAAGCGCUUUGCCGAGAACAUCGAAACUGCAUAUGUGCAAGCAGACGACGGCAAUGAUCUCGGCGAUGUUCCUGACGACAGACUCCCGGAAGUCCUCAGAACCAUUAUCACAGGCGUGAAGCGGAAAGGUAAGGAUCUAAAAGAUGAUACGGAUCUAUUCAGCUAUGGCAUCGACUCUGUUGCUGGGAUGCAAAUACGCGGGAAGCUAAGACGAUUGUUACCGCCCGAUGCCAAGGCCCUGCCUAUUAAUGUGGUGGAAGAUUGUGGCAAUGUCGAGAGGCUGGCGGGAUACAUCCGGGCGAGAAGGCGUGGCGACGCGGAGUCGAGUAUGUCUUCCAUUGAGCAGGAUCGUGAAUUGAUGAAGCAGCUGGUUCGGGAUGAGGCUGGGAGGUUCAUUCAACCGGGAGAGAAGGACGAUGCGGUCGUCAUGAAUGGCGAGUGGAGGAGACCACAUGGCGAUGUGGUAGUCUUGACAGGUGCUACGGGGGCGCUAGGAGCACAUGUCUUAGAUCAAUAUCGACAGAAAGACUCAGUGAGCAGGAUAUACUGUCUCGUACGCGGAGUGGAUGAGCAUGCCGCCUCGGAACGAGUCAACAAGGCUCUUAUUGCACGCAAACUACGACCGCUCGACCACGACAACAAAAUCACUAUCCUCCGCGCCCGCCUCGGUGACCCCAAGCUCGGUCUCGACGAUCAGACAUACAGGACCCUUGCUCGCGAAGCGACAACAAUAAUGCACAUAGCCUGGUCCGUCAACUUCCGAAUGAGACUCCGCUCCUUCGUCCCCGACAACAUCCGCGGCGUCACGAGCCUCUUAAACCUCGCCCUAUCCUCACCAAACAAGACACCACCAAGAUUCGGUUUCUGCUCCUCGGUCGCCAGCGCCAUGGCCUGGACCGACUCCGAUCCAGUUCCCGAAACCAUCAUAGCUCGGCCGGACGUAGCGACUGAGCUGGGAUACUCGCAGAGUAAAUGGGUCGCUGAGCAGAUCUGUCAACGGGCUGUCGUGCGGACGAGGAUGAGAGGACGGGUAUGUAUUUAUCGUGUUGGGCAGUUGGCGGGAGAUUCUGUGCAUGGGGUGUGGAACGCUAAGGAGGCGUGGCCGAUGAUGUUGAAUGCGGUGAAGAUCACGGGUACUCUACCUGAUCUAGGCGAGGAGGAGAAGUUGGACUGGUUACCUGUUGAUUCUGCUGCGAGGGCGUUGAUUGAGGGUGUGGGGAUCAUGGUGAGGGAGACGAAGGAGUCGCAGGCAGUGGUCUACCAUAUCCUGAACGAAAAUACCACACCUAAUUGGUCAGAAAUGCUAGCCUGGCUCAAGGAAACAGAGACCUUCGACAUCGUGACCCCUGCUGAAUGGGUGAAGAAGUUGGAGAGUGCUGUUAACGCGGGCUCGACGCAUCCAGCUUCGCAGCUUUUGGAUUUCUGGCGGAAGGCUUAUCUUGAGCGGACUGGGGUUGAGGCGAAGGAGGUGCAGGCAAUGAAGGUUAGCUUUGACUUGAGCAGGACGAAGGAGGAGUUGGGGUGUAUGAGGGCUGUUGAGCCGGUGGGGAGGGAGUAUUUCGGGAGGCUGUGGGGGUGGAUUGGGAGGGAGAUGUGA